GGAAUUCAUUAUUAAUUACAAUAAAUGUUCAAAGUUGCCGUGUGUGCAUUGUUAGUACUAGCCUCAACAGCCAUAAACGUCUAAUCCUCAAUUUGGACAAGCAAAGACCAAAAAGCAUUUGCUUAGAUCCACCAAUCUGGUUGGGGUAAAUUCAUCUUGAACUUUGCUGAACUCCAUUUAACAACAGGAGGUAUUCUUUCUGAGCUCAACUCUGAGAUUGAGAAGCUUAUUGGUGAAAUGGAAGAGGAAUUGGCCGGAGUUCAUCAUGAAUUCAACAGAAGAACAGAUGUCCACAACAGAGAAGUCGCCAGACUCGAAUAAGAAAUCUAAGAUAAGGAAAGAGAAUUGUUCAAUGCUCACGAUUUCUAUGACAACGUCCUCAUCCCAUAAGGAGAAAGAUUUGCUGCCUAACUUGAAUAAUUAUAAGAAAACAUUGCUCAUAACAGAUAAACCCUUGAAUAAGCAACAGUCUAAAGAGCCAAUGAUCACGAAACAUUCGAAUCUGAAGUUGUCGAACACAACGAUGCUAUUUCUGCUAUUGACGAAUGCUUAUAAUUGUUGAGCACAAUUGCAGCACCAUCUCUUGCUGAAGUCAAGAAGGUCUAAAAGAAUUUGGCCAAAAUCCAAAACUCAUUGAAAAAGCACAAUCAAUUCCAAAUCUUUGUUAAAGUUUUAUUGGAAAUCACAGUCGAUUCCAACUUUGCUGACUAAGGUGCUCUUAGAGAUAUUAUUGUCGCCUUCAAUAACUUGAGAGUUGAAUUAGUUGAUUCACUCAAUCAAAUCACUGCUGAUGAAGCUGAAUAAGUUGCCGACUAUAACGCUUAAGUCAUUGCAUUGAACUAAGAACACGCUGAAUUCUAAAGAGCUGUUGUUGUUAAGAAUGCUGAAAUCGAAGCCAACACAACCAAAUAAGAAUAAACUCUUGACUUAAUUGAUGAACUUGAUGAAGAUUUGGCCACCCUCAAUGGAUAAUUGUAAGCUGAAAAUGACGACUAUGCCUUUGCUACUGACGUCUAUAAUGCCACCGUUGCUGAAUACAACAAGGAAAUCAAUGCUGCCAAUUAAGCUUUAGAUUUGCUCAACCAACCAAGAUUCCAAGACUAUGUUAAAUCAUAACUCAAGGGAGCAUGAGAUAUUACAAAUAUAUCAAAAGCAUAUCAAUUAUUCUUAAUUAAUAAUUUAUUUCUCC